AUGGAAGGUCGUCAACAGCGAACCUUUAUAAAGAAUAAAUCUCAACAUUUAUGUAAAGACAGUUUCAAAAAAUGGUGCUUGAAGCAAUUCAAACGUUCCAGAGAAACACAAGUAAACAAGCAUAGAUUUGGGUUGAACCUAGCAAAAGUAACUGGUGAUUACGUUAACGUUAUACACGAAGAGAUACUAUUACAAUUUAUUAAAAACGAAUGGAUGAGCUUUUUAAUGAAUGAAGAUAGGUUUACAGGUGAUCUCAAUCCUAGUUUAGCCUCGGAAAUGGAGGAAGAAUUGCUUCAGGAAUUCAAAAACGAAUUACAGAUAAAUAAUUCAAGAGAUUUAGAGGAAGCAGAAUAUGCUUUGCAAUAUGAGCCGGAAGAAAUCUUUCAAGAUUCGGAUAUGAUGAUUCUCGACGAAUAUUCACUAAAUCUCGAUAAUACUCAUAGCUUUGGAGGCUCGCAAGGAUAA